ACUUACAUAACCAGCAGAACCAGAAAAUUAGGAAUGGUAGAGGAAGAAGAGAAAAGAGGAAGUAAAAAAUGGAGGAAAACUCUCUUUAUUUACAACUGCACAAGCUAUCUUCAGUAAUGCACAGAGAAGAUACUCUCGACCACAUGCUAACAACUCUUUGGAAAACCAGAAAAACCGGUCUCCGGUCACCUGAAAAGUCUCACAUUCAGUCUCUCCUCAAUCUCCCUCAACUCGACCCUGUUUUGGCAUGCCUUCGUUCGCUUAUCAGAAAAAGUGUACAUGAGAAUCUCACUGGAGAUGACAUCUUGAAGCUUUUUCCAGCUGAUCUGCCACUUGAUUUGCGAAGCAUUCUUGUACUGCUGCUUAUGAAAUAUCAGAAUCAAUGGAAAGAGGAAUUAUCAAAAGAACAGCAUCAAUUGCCGAGGACUAGUGUCUCUUGCCAAGUGAAAACGAGCACUCCACCGUCUUUAACAUCUGUCCCGUCUUCUGAGAUUUCAAACCUCCUUUGGCCUCGGCAAGAUGAUUUUAGUAGGCAUCUUAAUGGUAAUGAUCUAGGGAUUUCUACACCAAUUGCCGAUACUACUGCCUCACAUAUUUCACCUGUCUCUAUACAGCAGGAUGUUGGUCCUCCUAAUGACUUGAGUAUUCUACCCCACCUCAAAUCAAUGACAUGGACCAUGGAAACCCGCAAUUCUAGUCCAGAGAAUAGAGUAGCCAUCAUCACUCUCAAGCUUCAAGAUUUCACCAAGUCUCCUUCUGGAGAGAUAGAAGUAAAAUUUCAGCUCAAUAAAGACACACUUGAGGCUAUGUUAAGAUCAAUGACCUACAUCAGUGACCAACUUUCAAACACGGUCCAAAAUUCUUCAGAGCCGGCUCAGAAGAAACAAAAGCAAUAGAAGUUACAUAUAAUUCCAUUCUUUCCUCAAAGCUAUCAGCUGCACAUACGAGCAGUUUACACUUUGUCCGAAUUGGUAAGAUGAGAGCUCGGGGAUUAAUAUUAGCAUAGGGCCUAACUAGCUGAUUGAUAUUUCGAAGCUACAAUUACGUUGUUCUGCUAAUCUCGGAAAAUCCAGAAGUUCUCAAUGCAAUGUGCUAUGUUUCGGUUUUUGUGUUUCAAACAGCAAGCAGAUAACUUUAAUGUAAAGUGUAAGUGAUUGUACUUUAACCUGAAUGGAGAAUUUAUUACUUAGAAUCUGAUCAUUGAUCUUAUGUUAGCUAAUUUAAUGUAAAGGACCAAGUUGGUUGACUUGUAUAAAUAUAAAUUCUCACGUGGCAUGUUGUUUUA